ACACACCACGGUUCAGCUUUGCGUGUCUCUUUCCAGACCAGCAGAAUAUUUUUCAUCAGAAGUGAAAGUUUUGGACUAAACUAUAUUGAGUGAAGACGAGCGACCUUCAUCACACUAUCUCUCUCUGUGUCUCUUUCUUUAGGCCUGCUCCUCCAAAAUGGCCGACGCUGAGGUCUCCUUGUCCCCGGCUCUGCGGCCACUCCACCUUAGCCCCUCCCACUCAGCCCCAACCCCCCCUCCUCCUCCCGCCUCUUCCUCCUCCCCCACCACCUUCUCCUGCCCGUCCUCCCCCUCCAGCGCCUCCUCUUCCUCCUCCUCUUCCUCCUCUUCAUCUUGUUCUGAGAGCUCUUCUGACUGCCCCGUCCACCAUCACCACCACCAUCACCACCAUCACCCACGCCCCCAGCUGCAUCUGCCCCCGCCCCCCCACAGCGAGCAGCCGUCCUCCCCCAGCGCCAGCCCCCGCAGCUCCAGCCCCAGCGGCAGCAUCGGCAGCACCGGCAGCCUCGGCAGCAGCGCCAGCGAAGGCAUCGGCAGCAGCGGCGUGUCGAGCGGUGGCGGCGACGCUCGAGGCCCGAGUCCCCCGCUGGACGUCAUCUCAGAGGACGCCAUGGAGAUGGACCUGGGGAUCGACCAAGUGAUCGAUCCAGAAGUAGCUCUGAAGGCUUGCCAGGAAGUUCUUCUUAAGGUCAAGCUGCAGAACAGAGAAGUGCCUGAACAGCAACAAGUUGACAACAAGCGACAACAGGAGGAUCAACAACAACAACAACACUUCACAGACUCAACGGAGGGCUCCGGUCCACAGUGGCACGUCAGCCCGGACACCAGCUCCAUCAAAGAAGAAGACGAAGAAGAAGAUGAGGAGGAGGGAGAAAAACGAGAAUCACCUCCUUCAGCCCGACCGGAGUCUUCUUCGCUGCUGUUGGCGUCGCCGUCGUCGUCUAAGCAGUCGUGGCUGCUGCGCCUGUUUGAGUCCAAGCUGUUUGACGUCUCCAUGGCGAUCUCCUACCUGUACAAGUCAAAGGAGCCGGGGGUGCAGGCCUACAUCGGGAACCGGCUCUUCAGCUUCCCCGACAGCGAGGUGGACUUCUAUCUGCCGCAGCUGCUCAACAUGUACGUGCACAUGGACACCGAGGUGGGCGACGCCAUCAGACCGUACCUGAUCCACCGCUGCAGAGGAGGUAUAACCUUCUCCCUGCUGACGGCGUGGCUGUUGGGAGCUUACUCCUCCGACAUGCACAUCUCCACCCAGCGUCACUCCAGAGGCACCAAACUCCGAAAACUCAUCCUGUCCGACGAACUCAAACCUUCCGCUCCUCCGCCGGACGCUCGCGGAGCCGUUUUGGCCUCGGUCUUCGACGGCCCGUCGUCGUCCUCGCCGUCGCACCGCCGCUGCCACCGGAGACACAACAGCAGCAACAUGGACUCCGCCUCCUCCUUCUCUGCAGGUGGCGGCCCCUCCCCCGACAGCCCCGCACUGGGGGAGGGGGAGGUGUUUGUUUCCCCGUCCAGGAGGACCCACCAGAGAUCCAAGUCAGACGCCACCACGGCGAGCAGCGGGACCGGGUCAGGCCUCCGGCGGACAGGAAGUAACCCCAAAGUGGAGGCUGUCCAUGAGGAGCCGGACCGUCUGCGUCCUCAGCGGGAGCUCGUGAAGUCUCUGCUCUGCAUCGGGAAACGUUUGGCGACGCUGCCGACCAAAGAGCAGAAGACCCAGCGGCUGAUCUCAGAGCUGUCGCUGCUCAACCACAAGCUGCCGGCACGAGUCUGGCUGCCCACUGCCGAGCGGCAGCACCACGUCUGCCGGGUCCCCCACACUCAGGCCGUGGUGCUCAACUCCAAAGACAAGGUGAGGCGUUCAAUGACAGCCAGUUAUUCUCAGUGUUUCACACCAGUUUCAUCUCUCUGGGUCCAGUACAUAGACAGGUCCAGGACGUAGUUAGCCUAGCUUAGCAUAAAAACUUGAAGCAGGUUGAAACUGUUAGCCUAGCUUAGCACAAAGA